GAAGACACAAAACCACUUAAACAAGAUUCACAUUUCCGGCCCACAGAAGUGACCAUGGGCUUCUGGUGUUGUUCAUACUGCGUGAGAUCAGUUAUAAACUAAACGACGACAUUCUUCAGAAACCAUAUCUGCGUUCUAAGAAAGCAGCUAAACUCGUACCGUUUAGACUCCAAACUUUCCUCUCCGGUGUGUAGCCAGUAGCCUCUCGCAGAGUCGAAGAUCGCUGCUCCUCCUCCUCCACCUCGCGAGUUCCAUUCGCCACGGUCGUUCUUUUGCAGCGUCUCCCGUCGCCUCCAGCUCGCCAAUUUGGAUCCUCUUAACUCGUCUCCCGAGUCCUAGCCUAGUAACCACUAGCUCCGCACCAGCCUCCAGAAUUCAUAUCUCUUCCUCGCCUCCAUUGCCUCCAAUCCUGACUCAUUUGUCACAUUUUCCAGAGUUGCAGCAAUGUCUGGUAGAAACCGUGUGCCGUCUCGCCAACAUGAUAACUAUAGAGGAUACCGUGAUGGCCCACCUCCACCACAGGCUGUUAUGCAACGAGGACCCCGCCCCCUCCCUCAUCCUCAUCCUGCUGCCCUUGAAGAGGAACUUGAAAUUCAGCACAGAGAUAUGCAAAAAAUUGUUUCUGAGAAUCGGCAUGUACUCGAUGAGAAUGUGAUGCUUGAAAGGGAGUUGACUGCCACAAAAGAUAAGAUUCUUAGAAUAACCCAAUCCAUUUCUAAACUGCAUGCUGACAAUGAGGCAGAAGCAAGGGAGUAUAUUGAAAGAGGAUUGAGACUAGAGAGAGAGCUUCACUCUGCUGAACCUCUGCGAGAGGAAGUUGGGUCUUACAGAUCUGAACUCCAAAAACUUACUGCUUUGCAACAGGAGUUAACUACCCAAGUCCAAAGUUUAACGAAGGAUCUUAAUAAACUGCAAAAUGAGAACAAGGAACUCUCUGCCAUGAAGACUGAAAUUGAUGGGAUGCACAGAGAGCUUGAUGAAACAAGGAGAGAAUUUGAACAUGAGAAGAAAGAAAACAAGGGGAUCAUUGAACAAAACAAAGCAAUGAAGAAAAAUCUUGUCUCCGUGGCUCGUGAAAUCGAAAGGCUCCGGGCAGAGCAGAUGGCAGCAGAUAGGAGAGCACGUGGAAUUGGUGUUGGACCAUAUGGAAUGUUGAAUGGGAGUGUUGACGUGGGUUAUUCGGAUAGUUUGUAUGGAGGCGAUCCAUAUCAUACAGGAGCUUGGGGACCCUAUGACAGGAGAGGUCCCCCAAGGUGAUGAGUUUUGUAUUAAAUCUCUGGGAUAAGCUUCCCAUACCCUUUGUUGGUGCAGAAGAAAACUUAUAGUUAUGGAUUUCUCCUAGGUAACUUUCUUGUUGUGGUAUAAAUGUUUUAAGCAUCAAUCUGCUGCACUUUGUAUCUCACUGCUCUUGGUUAGUUCAGCGGAUUUGAGCCUGUUAAAUAAGGUCAAAUCACGACAUCUUUGAUUCGCGGAGUAAAACAAUGAGCUUGUGUAGUGGCAUGAAAAAUUGCACUUGUGUUCCCUCGUUUAUUCCAUAUUCUGAUAUAUGGUAUCUGUUUUUUAACAUCGUUCCUCAAUUGUGUAUUUGUGUGACAUGUUGCCAAAGUAGUCUUUCCCGCGAAUCAUUUAGCAAACUCUUUAUAUCAUGCACGAGAGUGGC